AUGCCAUUUCAAGACUAUUUUCAGAAGAAAAAAGCAGCGUUCAUUAACAGAAACAACAAAAGUAACGCAGAUGCUUCAGCGCUACGAAAUAUUACCAAUAAUAGUUUAAAUAUCGCCGCCAAAGGUAGAAGCUACGUGUUCCCGCUAACCAAGCUCCCCGAUGAGCUCAUGCAAGAAGUAUUUUCUCAUUUGCCGCAACCAGACCGCUUGCAACUGUGCCUUGUGAACAAAAGGUUCAAUAAGAUCGCUACCAAAUUGCUUUAUAGAAGAAUUUAUUUGAAUGACUCAAAUGUAGUGAAAAGCGACUUCAUGCAUCUGGCCAUUAACUGGACCCUACUGAACUUGCCGUCUUCGUUGAAAGAAGAGGAGUCCCGUGAUAUCGCCAAUUACAAAUUGAGAAAACUUAUAGAAACGCUGCAAAAUAAUAUUCACAUUACCGAAGUCAUUCAGUGGAUAAGGAUCAACUGGGAUUUGGAUUCUACCUUGCAAAGAUCCAUCCUCAACAUCCUUUGUAACCAGGGCAAGUCCUUGCAAAGAUUAGAAAAUGUCACUGACCCGGCUUGUAACGACAUCAUCUCCAAUGGUCACUUUUCAAAAUGCAAUGUCUCCAGUUUUGACAUGGCUCCCCCAAAUUCAUUGCCUGAAAUGGUGGUUCCCGAAAAUUACAUUCCAAAUCUUACCAAAUACCUGUCACAGCGUAUCUCCUCUCGGCUCUCUCACAUGACUUUAUUCAUCGACCCUUUAAAACUGUUUAACUACCUUUACCCAUUAGAUAUCAAAUUACAAAUCAUUGAUUUGAAAUUACAUUGGAGAAGGGAGUUUUACAAUAAUGAUUAUUUUGUGAAAAAGAUACGACCCGGCAACCCUCUGACUAAACUAUCAGAGGUUUUUGACAAGAGAACGUUGAAGAUCCUUACCAUAAUUUCUUGGAAUGACACUUUAUUGAAACGCGAGACAGAAAUGCUAAAAGAUUUUAAAGAAUUUGAAAACCUGGAAGAUUUGUCUUUGAUUUCUAUUAAACAGGACGUUCACAUUCUCGUAGAUCUUUUUAGCUCGUUGACCAAUUUGAAAAGACUUAAAAUGGAUUUUUUAGAGGAUUAUGUACCUGAACCCACAAACCCUCACAUUUUUCUGUCUAUUCUUUUAGCUUGCUCCAAGUUGCAAUUUAUAGACCUGAGGUAUGACGGUCUUAUCCCACAAAUCAUCAAUAUCCAGGAGAAUAAAUUUCAAUUGAAUCAGCAAUGCAACUGCACAAACUGUCAAAUAGUAUUUAGUGAUAUUCUUAAGGGCAAAAUAUUUAUGUUCCCUGAGGACUACUACGUUCACGAAGUUCAGGACAUUGCUGCAAAGGAUAUUUUCAAAAUGAUGAAGUACCUAUCCUUGCUACCAUACUCUAAGGCUUGUGAUGCUUAUCCCAGUGUUAGAACACAACCUAUGAACCUGACGAAUUUUGUGACCAAGAUGAACGUGAACCUUUUGCACUACAGAAACUCUAAAUCCCAGUUGGUGCCCAAAAUCGUUAACAAUCCACAUCAACACUCCACCAUAACUUCUACAUCGACCGCUCACACGAGUGAUCCCGAAAUGAUAAUAAUCGAUGAUGAUUAUGAUGACGACAUUAAUGCAGACCUUCCUCCGGAUAAUGAGGACACUGCCACCACCAUUUCCGGUGACUUAGAACUUCCCCAUGAUUCAUUGACCAAAAGAGACAUUAUCAUGUGUUAUCACGCUUUAAUCCAUCACUUCAAAUCUAUCUACGUCACUUUUUUGAAAAGUUUCCCUCAUUUGAGAUUCUUGAUGUUGAAUGAUAUUCCCACGAUAGUUAUGGAGGAAAAUAACGAACGUAUUUUUGAGCCUGUCUUUUACCAUUAUGAUUACAAGAGUAAUUUACAUGGAUGGUCUAAAGAAUCUAACAAGAAUUUGGAGAAUGACAGCAGUAAUAACAACAAUAAUCCUGAUACCAUUGCAAGAAUAGCCACCGUUAUGUAA